CAUUUUAGUGGAGAUCGGAAAUCUAAACAAGCCAAAACAAAAACCAUAGUCGUCCUCCUCACGGAGUUCGUAGCGUUAACUUCAGGAACUUUUUACACUAACGCCUCGUGCCCACUGCCUCCGUCCGUUGACUGAUCCCCAUUGCAUUCCCCAUUGCAUUGUGGAUCCGUGCGAGGCGUAGUGUGUGUUUUUAACACAGUGUGUUAAUGAGAAAAAAGGAACAAAUAAGGCAAUAUAGGCUAUAUUUGAGUCAGGAGAUGGAUGAAGGUCGGUGUGUGUUCACGGCUGCUCGCCGAGGGGACAGAGAUCUCCUCCGGACGUUACUCCUCCAUCGCUCCGUAGAGGAAAGGAGCGACCGCGGCCUCACGCCGCUGCACGAGGCCGCGCGGGCCGGCGAGACGGGCUGCGUCCGGGAGGUCCUCAGCAUGGCAGCCGCCUCUGGCGUCUUCAUCGAGUAUGUGAACACACGGGCAACCAACGGCCAGACAGCGGUGUUCAUGGCCGCAGCCGAGGGCCACACGGACAUCGUGAAGCUCCUGGCGACCGCCGGCGCGAACAUAAACGUCAAGGACGCAUCAGGCCUCACGCCGCUCCUCGCCGCCGUUUCAAACGAUAAACCAGCGACGGCCAUGGCGCUCAUUAGAAAGGGGAGAGCAGUCCAUGUAACAGAUGUCUCUGGGCAGUCUUGCCUUCACCUUGCCUCCGCUCAGGGUUCUAGUGAGCUAGUUUCCAUGCUGUUACGCUUUGGUGCGCUCAACCUUCGCAACGUGGAACAUAAGACGGCCUUAUAUCUAGCAGCUGAGCACGGUCACCACGAAUGUCUGGAGAUGUUGGCCGCUGCAGGCGCAAACGUUGAGAUCCAAGCGACGGACGGCGGCACUCCCCUGUUGGUCGCCACGGAGGCUCAGUCGGAGCCGUGUGUCGAUGCGCUGCUGAAACACGGAGCCGAUCCAAAUGUGGAGUGCCGCGAAUACUGGCCUCCGCUCGCCAUCCAUGCUGCCGCUGUGGGGGAAAACGUCAACAUCCUGCGGCGGCUGGCGGCGGUGACGCGACGGGGCCUGGGCAGCGGGGAGGGGGAGGUGAGCCCCGUGUUCUUUGUGCUGGAGAAUCCCGAGAUGCUGGAGGUCCUGCUGAAGGAGGGCUUCAGCCCCGAGCCCCAGGCCGGCUGGGAAAACGAGGAAUACGAGUAUGAUUACGACGCAGAUUCCCCGCUGGGCCUGGUCUUGUACCACAUGGUGAACGACCCAGCGUUGAAUCAUAGUCGGUGCAUGAGCCUCCUGAUGCGGGCGGGGGCGCCCCUGACGGAGGACUGCUGGCGGCUGAGUCUAUCGGACCCGUGCGUGCUGGACCUGCUGCUGGCCCAGAGGUGUGAGGACCAGGGGAAGGGCCCCGGGGCCCGCCCCCUGCUGUCCGGCGAGGAGCUGGAGGCGCUCGUGAGCGUGGCAGAGGAGGAUGCCACGGAGGCGGGCUCCUGGCUCCCGGCCCUGCUGGAGAGCGGGCUGGACCCCAACGCUCUGCUGGUGCCCGCCUUUCUGGAGGAAGCCCCCAGCGAGGCGCUCACCUACCUCCUAGAGAUGGUGGACCGGUCCACUCUGGGCCGGCUGCUGAGAGACGUCCUGGAGCAGCGGCAGAAGAUGAAGACCUGGACGCCUCCCGCUCACCUCGAGUGGGUGCCCCCGCUCUUCCACCUGUGUCGGCUGCGGCUGCGGGCCCACCUGGGUCCAGACGUGCUGAUGAGGAGCCCGGCGGUGUCCCAGCUGCCCGUUCCUCUUCUUCUCCACGACCACCUGCUGUUUGCAGACAUCAAAGCACCAGGGAACCCCCACUCAGGAUAUUCACCGUCCGACUAAAAACUGGUUCGGUCCGGUUUGGUUAUCCGAUCGAUGGACAUUUUGCAAGUGUACUUAUUGUGUAGUUUGGUUUGUGUAUACAGUGUUAAAAUGGCUUCUUGUUCAUAUUGUAUCUUAAGAAGUGUUUGAUAAUUAUUUAUUAAAAAGAAAACGUUCUGCCUCAAGAAAAUGUAAAAGUGAAUUCCGGCGGAAAUCGAACCCAUGGGUCUUUAUCGGCUUGAAACCCCAUAAAAUAAGCCCUCCAGACACUUUUUCUUCGUUGAUAAUCGAAUAUACAGCUUGCCCAAAGUUGCCCGGA